AUGACUGAAGUCGUCGUCAAUGGCUCCGGCUCUGCCUCCGCCCCUCUCGAUUUCACUGCUACGAGAACAGCCUUGACUUCGUCCUCCACCUCCGUUAGGAUAGCUCAUCUGCGCAUUGUUGAGGACCGAAUCUCUAAUACAGAUGCUGACCCGACUUGGGUUCGCAAGAUUAUUCAGCUCCUCUUCUGGACACAUGCUUUCUACACCGACCGUCCCUCGCGACUUGCCGCACAGAAAUGUCUCUCUGCCAUUCUCUCCAAGGGCCUUGACCCCGACGUACUCUCCGCCUUUGUAUCCGCCCUACGCGCGGAGUCUCAGAAGCCCGGUAUCGCCGCGAGCAAUGCAUUCGUUCUAGUGGAAUGGUGCAGCCUGCUCAUGCAGCACCUUGCGAAGACGUCCGAGUGGGAUAAGUUGGCUUCGCAAAUUCUGCUGAGUGAUGCUGAGGCCUUGGACAAGUGCCUCCAACCUGCCGCCAAAGGCGGCAUGGCCCAUUCUGCAAUCAUUGUCACUCGGAGAGGCUUGCGCGCACUCUUCUCUUCCCACCAGGACCCUCAGAAAGCCUUAAAGGACGCCAUCCAGUUCCUUACAGCCAAGGCCUCACAGCCUUCCGCAAAGAAUGCACCGCUGCUCGGCAUUAUCGCUGGUGUAAGUUCCAGGAUCCCUGCCGUUAAGCAGGUUCUCGAGGCUCAAAAGUCGCAAUACUUCACCUUCUACACCAGAGAAAUCAUUGGCUCGCGCACAGCCGUCCCUGGACAUAUCGCAUCCGGCCUUCAUGACUUCUUCCUUGAUUUUGUUACGCUCGAAGACUUCGCCAAGGACGUAAUUCCAUCCCUGGAAAAGGGGUUGUUGCGCGCUCCAGAAAUCGUGUUAAGCGAUGUCAUCAUACCUUUGAUUCACGGGCUUCCAAAGGACUACGAUUUAUCACAUAUUUUGCUGGGAAAUCUGCUGAAGCCGAUUCUGUCCAACGUUAAAUCCAGCAAUGUCAACACCCGCAGUGGAGCCGUCAAGGCCUUCGGCGCACUGGCUGCCAGAAGCCAGGAUGAAAAGGCUUUGGAGAAGAUUUCGGAGGAGAUUGUUGCUCCUGUAAAGGGCGGCAAGUUGGCUUCAGCGGACCACAGAAUUCUCCACUGCGAAAUGCUCGAAGCCGUUCCGCUCUCCAAAAUCACUGCUGACAAGAUCGCAACUGCAUUGGCGGCUGUCUCAGCCAAAGAAGGAAAUGAGGCUGCACUCACAAUCGAGACAUCGGCUCUUGCAAGAUCUGCCGGAUACCUACUUCAGAAUGACACCGAGGUUGCGAAGCCGAUCAUAGAUGCAUGCAUCAAGGGCGUCUCUGACAAGAAGUUUACUUCUCGCCGCAUCUGGCUCUUGCGAGUUGGUGAGAUCUUUAACGCUUCCAAGACUUCGGACGGUCUAUCGCCGGCCACUGUGAAGUUCGCCGAGGCUGUCCUGCCAAAGCUGCUGGACACUUACAAUGAGGUCGCUGCCAACCCCCUCAUCGCUGCCCAGAACAGUCUGACGGUUGGCGCAUAUAUUGUCACCACACUCACCUCGUGGUCUCAUCAGAGCAAUGUGUCUGCGGCUGUCAAGUCGUCACUGUCGAAAGUCUCUGUCACCAACCAAGGCCUUGUACUGGAGCCCAAGCCAUCUUUUCUACUAAAUCCUCGUAUCUAUGGUAAGAUUACUGUUGAAGAUGAGCUGAUAUGGUUUUCCCGUGCUCUUUCGGCUGCCGCGGAGCAUUUGACUGAAAAUACUCUCAAGACCGUCUCUACUGCUUGGGCAGAGGCCUUCAUCUUCGUCAUCUGCGCAUCGGUGGCUACACCAAAGGUCAGACAAGUUGCCACUGACAGUUUGUCGCGUGUCUACGCCAGCCGGCCCCAAUUGGUAUCCCAGGCCAUUGUUCAAGGCAUUUGGCACUGGCUCGAGACAUUACAAACAGGUGACAAGGACAGCGCAGCAGCCCUCUCUAAGACUGACAACACAAAUUUGUCCCUUGUUCUCCGCACAAUAUGCAUGAGCCCAAAGACUUUGACAGAGGACCAACAGGAGGCUGUUCGUUCUUCAGUCGACCAGCAGCUUUGCUCCUUGCUAGUCCUUGCCCGAAAAGAACUUAUUCCGCGCGCCAGCUGGAUUGAGCUCUGCUUACGAGUCGAGAGAGAUCCGGGAGACUUGGCACGCCAGCUUGAGGAUGACUUGGUGAAGGAAAUCAUGGAGAGGACUUCGAUCGAGCAAAAGUCUGAUGUCGUUAAAAAGGCUGCUUGCAACGCUGCCGCAGAACUGGCAUUUGUGGCCCCAGACACCAUGAUCAGCCGUAUCGUACAAAUAAUCCAAAACGACCUGGAACCGGAGGAAUUGCGAAGCAUUGGGCCCGUAGAGGCUGCCAUCUUCCGAACCCCAGAGGGCACAGCUUUCGUGGACGUCUUGGCGAAGAAGGCUCAGACCACUGUGCCCGACAAAAAUAACAAAGACUACGAUAUCCUGAAGUGGGAAGCGGAAUUGAGGGCGCAACUUGCCCAGAAGAAGGGACAGCAAAAGAAGCUUACAGCAGAAGAGACCGCCAAGGUCAAUGCUCAGCUCAAGAAGGAGGCAGGUAUCCGAGAGUCGGUUCGUCAGUUGCAGGCGAGGUUACUUCGUGGUAUCGGUAUCGUAGAAAGUCUUGCAACCGGACCGCCCACCGAGGCCAGCCACUGGAUGGGACCUUCCAUCAAGGCCCUCCUGGACGUUAUUGAUGCAGGCGCUAGUCUCCUCACGGGCGACUCUGCCUCUCUUGCCUAUCUUGCCUGCUCUGAGCGAACUACCAGCCGUCUUGGCCCCAUGAAGCCCUUUGUUGGUAUUGCUACCCUACGUGCUCGUGGUGUUACUUCUUUGCCGGAAGAUUAUAAGCAGGAACCUGUCGAUGAGCUCGUAACCAGAGUAUUAUACCGUCUGCGUUUCGCUGGUGAGCAACGCCCCUUUGACACAGUUUCACUAAUCUACGGACUUUCGUUGGUCUUCACUGUUCUUGAAAGUGGUGGGUUUGGCUCAUCGCCCGACGAUCGAGAUGCACAACUCGUCCUCGCCAUCGAGUUUCUUGCCUUCCAUACAAACAACUGCGAGGACCAGGCGACUCCUCGGGUUCAGAUACUCUCCUCCUUGAUUUCUUCUAUGCAACGUUACACCCAGCACUACAAGAUCGUCAAAGAUUGCUUCGCCGAUGUGUGUCGGUGCAUCGCGCCUAACAUGACCCCGGAGGAGGUUGCGGUACUCGCCAAGGGAUGCAUUGUUCCCCAAGUUAGCGUUAGGACUACGGUGCUGCAAUCAAUCAGCGCAGAAGUGGAUAUGAGCGAGCUCAGCUUUUCUGAUGAGAUCUGGUUGGCCUGCCACGAUGACGUCGAGGAGAACGUUGAUCUUGGUCGCGAAAUCUGGGAGGAAAGCGAAUUUCAAUUGUCUCCCGAGGUUUCGGCAAAAAUGCUGCCUUAUCUGGAAAGCGUCGACGGUCAACUCAGAAGAGCUGCUGCCCGGGCAUUAGCUGAAGCUUGCAGCGUGCAUAAAUCUACUCUCGAGCCGAUCCUGGAGUCUCUGAAAUCCUCGUACAUUGAGCUCGCCAAACCAAGAGUCCCUCAAUUGGAUGAGUACGGCAUGCCAAAGAAGACCAACCUUGCGGACCCUUGGGAAGCAAGACACGGUAUAGCAUCCGCUUUCAAAGAGCUGGCGCCACACAUGGGCCAGCAGCAACUUGAUCCAUUCUUUGAGUUUCUCAUUGAACGAGGUCCCUUGGGUGACCAGGAUGCAAACGUUCGCAGUGAGAUGCUUGAUGCAGCCAUCCGUGCCAUCGAUAUCCAUGGCAAGGGCUUGGUUGACAAACUGAUGAAGGUGUUCGAGCGUACACUUGAAGGUCCGGAUAAGAACACAGAGGCUUCAGACCGUGUCAACGAGGCUGUCAUCAUCAUGUAUGGUGCUCUCGCCCGGCACUUGAAGCCGGGAGACUCGAAGCUCCCGGUUGUCAUCGAACGUUUGCUGGCAACUCUCAGCACGCCCUCAGAAACUGUGCAGUACGCCAUUGCCGAGUGCCUGCCGCCCCUGGUGCAAGCCUAUGGUGAUAAAUCGUCAAAGUAUUUCCAACAGGUUCUCGAAACGCUGCUGACUUCCAAGAAAUACGCCGAGCAACGAGGUGCUGCUUAUGGCUUGGCUGGCCUCGUCCAGGGUCGCGGCAUUUCGUCAUUAAAGGAGCAGCGCAUCAUGAUGACGCUGAGAGGAGCUAUGGAAAAUAAGAAAGAGGUAAACCAACGAGAAGCCGCUCUGCUUGCCUAUGAGCUGCUCUCGACGAUCCUUGGCCGCCUCUUUGAGCCUUAUGUCAUUCAGAUCGUCCCGCAACUACUCACUGGUUUUGGUGAUGGAAAUGCCAACGUUCGCGACUCCUGCUUGGCAGCAGCAAAGGCUUGCUUCGGAAAGCUUAGCUCGUAUGGUGUGAAAAAGAUUUUGCCUACCCUCCUGGAUGGCCUGGAUGAUCAACAAUGGCGUAGUAAGAAGGGAGCUUGCGACUUGCUGGGAGCUAUGGCCUACCUUGACCCUCAUCAGCUUGCUCAAAGUCUCCCUGACAUCAUCCCCCCUCUUACGGGUGUUCUAAACGACAGUCACAAGGAAGUCCGCUCCGCCGCCAAUAAGAGCUUAAAGAGAUUCGGCGAGGUCAUCAACAACCCUGAAAUCAAGAGUCUUGUGGAUAUCCUCCUAAAGGCCCUCAGUGACCCGACUAGGUACACCGAUGAGGCUUUGGAUGCUUUGAUUAAAGUCCAGUUCGUCCAUUAUCUGGAUGCUCCCUCCCUCGCUCUGGUUACAAGAAUCCUACAACGUGGCUUGGGAGACCGUUCCAACACCAAACGUAAGGCUGCUCAAGUUAUUGGCAGUCUUGCGCAUCUUACCGAGCGGAAGGACUUGGUCUCUCACCUACCAAUCCUUGUUGCAGGACUCAAGCUUGCCAUCGUUGAUCCAGUUCCAACUACCCGUGCCACAGCUUCGAGGGCCCUGGGUUCUUUGAUGGAGAAGUUGGGCGAAGAUGCUCUUCCAGAUCUUAUCCCAGGACUCAUGCAGACCCUCAAGGCAGACAACGGUGCAGGCGACCGUCUUGGAUCUGCCCAAGCACUCAGCGAGGUCCUUGCAGGCUUGGGAACCACCAGACUGGAAGAAAUUCUCCCGACCAUUUUGCAGAAUGUCGAGUCAUCGAAACCUGCCGUCCGGGAAGGCUUCAUGUCACUCUUCAUUUUCCUUCCUGUCUGCUUUGGCAACAGUUUCGCCAACUAUUUGGGCAGAAUCAUUCCUCCUAUUCUUUCUGGACUUGCUGAUGAUGUCGAAUCCAUCCGUGAGACUGCCCUUCGGGCUGGUCGUCUACUUGUCAAGAACUUUGCUGUGCGUGCUGUUGAUCUGCUACUUCCAGAGCUUGAGCGCGGCUUGGCCGAUGACAGCUACCGUAUCCGUCUCAGCUCCGUCGAGCUUGUUGGCGAUCUUCUCUUCAACCUUACAGGCAUCAGUGGCAAGGCAGAAGAUGAAGAGGAAGACGAGGAGACCGUCAAGGAGGCCGGAGCCUCGCUGCGUGAAGCGCUUGGAGAAGAAAAGAGAAACAAGAUUCUCUCCGCCCUCUAUGUUUGCCGAUGCGAUACUGCUGGCGCGGUCCGCUCCGCUGCCAUCAGUGUCUGGAAGGCAUUGGUUUCCAGCCCUCGCACUCUCAAGGAGUUGGUACCAACUCUCACUCAACUGAUUAUCCGACGUCUUGGAAGCUCAAACAUGGAGCACAAGGUCAUUGCCAGCAACGCUCUAGGCGAGCUGAUACGCAAGGCAGGAGACGGUGUCUUGUCAACCCUUCUUCCAACUCUCGAGGAGGGCUUGCAGACAUCAACAGACACAGACGCAAAGCAAGGUAUCUGCCUUGCCCUCAAGGAACUCAUCUCAUCGGCGUCCGAGGAGGCUCUAGAGGACCACGAGAAGACGCUUAUCUCUGUGGUCAGGACUGCUCUUACCGACUCGGACGAGGAUGUCAGAGAAGCAGCAGCGGAGGCCUUUGAUUCCCUGCAGCAGAUCCUCGGCAAAAAGGCCGUGGACCAGGUGCUCCCGUUCCUGCUCAAUCUCUUGCGGUCCGAGGAAGACGCCGACAACGCACUGUCAGCGCUGCUCACUCUCCUUACAGAGACCACACGGUCCAAUAUCAUUCUACCGAACCUCAUUCCUACACUUAUUACUCCUCCCAUAUCUGCCUUCAACGCCAAGGCUCUUGCUUCUCUCUCGAGAGUCGCGGGUGCUGCUAUGAACCGUCGGCUGCCAAACAUCAUCAACUCUUUGAUGGACAACAUCAUCAACUGCCAAGACGAGACGUUGAGAGAGGAUCUGCAAAACUCUUUCGACACAGUGAUCCUGUCCAUCGAUGAGUACGAUGGAUUGAACACGGUUAUGAAUGUGUUACUGCAACUCACCAAGCAUGAGGAUCACCGCAGACGUGCCGCUACCACUAAUCACCUCGCCAAAUUUUUCGCCACAGCGGAUGUGGAUUACUCACGUUAUAACCAGGACAUUGUUCGGUCACUGCUUAUCUCCUUUGACGACAGAGAUCCAAGUGUUGUCAAGGGAGCCUGGGCUGCCCUUAGCGAGUUCACCAAGAAGCUCCGAAAGGAGGAGAUGGAGAGCCUUGUCAUCUCUACCAGGCAGGCCCUCCAGCAGGUUGGCGUUUCCGGCGCAAACCUGCCAGGCUUCGAGCUCCCCAAGGGUAUCAACGCCAUUUUGCCAAUUUUCCUGCAGGGUCUGAUGAACGGUACUCCUGAGCAAAGGACGCAGGCUGCUCUUGCUAUUUCCGACAUCGUCGAUCGGACAAGCGAGACUGCCCUUAAACCCUUUGUCACGCAAAUCACGGGUCCCCUCAUUCGUGUCGUUUCCGAGAGAUCCACGGACGUCAAGUCUGCUAUCCUCUUGACCCUUAACAACCUUCUGGAGAAGAUGCCUGCCGCGCUCAAGCCUUUCUUGCCCCAGCUGCAACGCACUUUCGCCAAAUCUCUUGCAGAUACCUCAAGCGAGGUUCUUCGAGCUCGCGCAGCCAAGGCCCUAGGCACACUGAUCAAGUACACGCCACGUAUUGAUCCCCUGAUAGCAGAGCUUGUGACAGGAUCCAAGACGUCGGAUCCGGGGGUCAGGACAGCUAUGCUCAGCGCAUUGUAUGAGGUUAUCAGCAAGGCCGGUGCCAACAUGGGUGAGACCUCCCGGGCUGCCGUCCUGAGUCUCAUCGAUAUGGAAACGGACGAGAGAGACGAUGCAAUGAUCAUCACCAACGCCAAACUUCUCGGGGCUCUGAUUAAGAACGUGCCUGAGGAGGCUGCCAACGGUCUGCUCAAAAAUCGGGUGGUCACCAGUCACUGGAGCCAUUCUUCGGCUCUUGCUUUGAACGCGGUUUUGGUCGAAUCCCCGCAGAGUCUCCUCGAAAGUCCUCUGGCGGAAGACUUGCCCGAUCUCCUUUGCCAGGGCAUGUCAAACAAAAACCCUUAUAUUGCUGACAACCUCAUCCUGGCUACUGGUAAAUACCUGCUUUCAGAGUCAACCAAGACCUUUGACUCGAACAAGAAGAUCUUUGAAGCGCUGGCGACAGUUAUCCAGCCCGGAGGAUCUGUCGAUUCCCGCCGGUUGGCAUUGGUGAUCGUUCGAACUAUGAGCCGCGUUAACAUGGAUAUGGUUCGCCCGCACGUGGCAUUGCUCGCUGGACCCAUCUUUGCCAGUGUCAGAGACCCUGUUAUCCCAGUCAAGUUGGCCGCAGAAGCAGCUUUUGUGGCUCUCUUCAACGUGGCGGACGACGAGAGCAAGGUCUUUGACAAGUUCAUGGACGGCGCAAACCUACCACCAAACUCUAAAAGGAGCAUGCAGGAUUAUUUCAAGCGAGUCACACUGCGACUAGGUGCACAAGUACGAGAGAGAAGAGAAGCAGAGGGCGGUCAGGGCGGUCUAGGGUUGUCGAAUGACGAGGUCGAAGAUGAGAAGGAGAUCUGGAGCGUUGGCAAGGUUGAUGUUGGCGAGGACGUGGUCAAUCUGCGAACUCAGAAGCGCCUCGCCGCGUCGGUUAUCGGCUGCGGUGAGCGCAAGAUCUGGCUCGACCCCAAUGAGGUCAACGAGAUCUCCAACGCCAACUCCCGCCAGACCGUCCGCAAGCUCAUCGCCGAUGGCCUCAUCAUCCGCAAGCCCGUCACCAUGCACUCGAGAUCCCGUGCUCGUGAGCUGAACCUGGCUCGCCGUAUUGGUCGCCACCGUGGCUUCGGUAAGCGCAAGGGUACCGCCGAGGCUCGUAUGCCCAGGUUCGUCAACACCAAUUUCGACGCUUGGCCCGCUGGCCAAGUCCUCUGGAUGCGCCGCCUCCGUGUCCUCCGCCGUCUCCUUGUCAAGUACCGCGCCUCCGGCAAGAUCGACAAGCACCUGUACCACGAGCUCUACCACGCCAGCAAGGGUAACACCUUCAAGCACAAGCGUGCUCUCGUUGAGCACAUUCACCGUGCCAAGGCCGAGAAGGCCCGCGAGAGGGCUCUCAAGGACGAGAUGGACGCCAAGCGUGCGAAGACCAAGGCCGCCCGCGAGCGCAAGCAGGAGAGAGUGGCGGCGAAGCGGAACGCUCUGAUGGGCGAGGGCGAGGAGGAGACCAAAUAG